CUCAGGGCACCACUGGGGCCUGGUCUGUAUGAGAUGUCUGUGAGUGCAUCCCUUCCUUGUGAGGGCAAGGCAGGAGAGGCACUGGCUGGCAAGACGGAUUUGCGCAGAUGCUCUGGGCGGAGCCUCUCCCAUGACCCCAGCAAUGUCCAGGAGGUGGAGGUCUUGGAGCAGGGAGAGCAGGUGCCAGACCCUGCUGAGGGGUCAUCCAGGGACACCUCCUCCCCACCCCACGAGGACUCAGAAAGACCAGACAGUGCCAGUGAGGAGGAACUUGUGCCUGCUGCUAAAGCCUCAGAGACCUCAGCCCAUCUCACCCAGCUGAUGGAGUCCCGCUCCUCUCUUGCAGGCAGGAGCAGUUCUAUAUGGACCAUGGGGAAUCGCAUCAGCCACUGGAGACUGGCGCACCAGCGGGGUUACCACCUGGACCAGCUGACACAGGAUAAAUCUUACAGGCACCGAGUGAGGAAACAUGAGCGGGACUGCAAAGCAGCUACCAGAGUCCCUCCCACCACAGGUACCCCUACCCCUUCUGGAGCUGAUGGAGGAGGAGGUCCUGGCAAUCUUAACAGAGACCCUGAAAGAUUACCGGCGGCAUCUAGGGGCAAGGCACCCACUCACUCACCAGAUGGAGCAGCGCAUGGAGCAACUGAGGCAGGAGCUAAGGGCCAGGAACACUGGGUCCAGCGGGGUUGGUCAGACAGGUUCACACCUCUGUAUGCCCAACCCCAUGACCCCCCAAGGUCCCCUGCGCACUACUCCCUCACCCCCAAUUUCUGACCUUGGUACUUCACUCACUCACACCAGUGCCCCCCCUCAUGCUGACCCCAUCUCUCUCCCAAACAUCUGACCUUCCUCGCCCCAUCCCAGAAUGCACUAAGGUUUGGAACUUUGUAGACAAAAUUAAAAUGACUCUUGUGUUCUUUGCUCACACCCAUCGCCUCCCUGAGUGCAGAACUAGGGUGCUGCUGAGCUGCAGGGCGCAGGCUUAGGACUCAGGAGUCGCCCGCCAGCCAGUGCCAACCCUAAUGUUGGAGGGCAGCUCUAGGGAUGCUGCAGGGGUGGGAGGUGUUUGUUAGAUGUUCUCCUGGGACCGCAGUCCCUAUAUAAAUAACAACCCCCCCAUCCCAGAGACCCCUAGACUCCCACCACAGGCUUUGUUAUGAAUAGGAUCAGUUCCCCACACAAACACACAUGGGAGUUACAGAGCUGGGUUAUGAGGAAGGGGGAAUGCAGGUCCAGUUGUCAGGAGACGAGGGGACAUUGGGGCACCACUGAUGGGCACUAGCAGAGCUGGGUGAGGAGCCUGGGGCAGAACUGAGGGGCACUAGCAGAGACAGGUGGCAGGGCUAGGAUGGGAAAGCAGAAACUGCAGGGGGAUGAAGGGCUGUGACGUGGGUUCCAUUUCUUAGCACCCUUUCUGCCAUAUUUGCAAGGCUUUUAAAUCCUCAGUCCUGCUCCUCCCCCCUCCCACAUGCACCAAAAGCCUGCUGGGAUCUCAGCAGCCUGAUUCUGACAUCUGUUGGCCAUAAGUGGGAAUGGUACCUCUGGUCCCCCAGCAACCUGUACCAGGAAGUGCUCCUCCAGGCCAGAGACGACAGAAGAGGGCUUUCAAUUUGUGCCAGGAGCAUAGCAGUUGCAAUGGGGCUGCUAGGGAGUGGGAUGAAGGGUUGUGAGCAGCCCCUAAGUGUGUGGGGGGUCCUGGUCCUCUCUCUUCUCUCAUCCUUGUUCCAUCAUAAAGCCCUCUGCAGAGGCUAGCAUUUGCUCAUAUUUGAGCAGUCACUUGUGAGCUGAGUUUGUUGCUCCUUGACUCAGUCUCCUCUACCUCCCUUAUCCCACAAAACCAGUAAAAAUAUGUCUGGGAGGGUGGCAGGAUAGGACUGAAGGGCUUGGUCAUGGCUGAGAUAGCAAGCAUCUCUGGAAAUGAUGGAGCCCUGAUCUCAGUUGUGCGUCUGUGCAGUGCCCAGCAUGCUUGGUCCCCAGCAUAAGGAUAUUGUGAUAAUGUUGAAGUGGCAGGGGGAACUGUUCAAACAGCCUCACUGGAAGCAGUGUUCAGACUUGAAGCUCUCCUUCCUUCUUAGUUUUGUAAUGCUCAUUCAUUUGGGACAUAGCUGUUGCAAACAGCUGCAAUUUUCUUACAACCUUUAUCUUUCUAACUGGAGACCUCCCUGGGACCUAGGCAUUGGUGUUCUGUGCAAAAUCCCUGAGAAGAAGUCAUCCUUUGUGCAGUCUGAAACCAGAUUUCUUUCAGGGCUGGUGCUUCUAGUGUAAAUAAACAACUGAUACUAAGAAAAUCUCCAUGUGACUAAUAGAUUGUAUGGGACCCUUGUGAUUAUCGGGUCUGACUACUGCAUAGCAGGCUAUAGAAUGGCCAUGAUUAAUUCCCACUGGGACCAAUGUUCCCUCUAACUUUUUCCAUCCACUUGGAUAGAAUAAAUUUUGUUAUGCGCACCAAGGCAU